AUGAAAAGUAUUAGAAGCCUUUCUGCGAGUAAAGACACCUCUUCCCUGCAGGAAAUUGAUGACCACACUCUCGUCCCCCUCUUAUCUCCUCCUCCUCCUCCUCCAAGCUUAGAAGCUUUGACAAAUAAAUUAAUUGUUUUUAAUUUAACAAGUCUUAAUAUCGAGAAAGCCUGUUGUUUUUUUUGUAAUAUUCCUUGAUAACUGCUGAUCGAUUUUCUCAGUGACCGGGGAAGUAUAGAUCUUCCCCCACCACCAUCAGGAAGAGAGAGACGAAAAGGAGAUAAUGGAAUUCGACGAGCACGAAGAACAAGAUGAAGAUAUGAUGGAGAUUCCAACUCCACCGCCCGGGUACGAAUCGGUCAGUAACUCGGCAAGGCCAAAAAUGGGGUCCAGCGUCGGAGAGGGGAUCAGGACCGGGGCUGGGAAUACGACGAUCAGGUACAGAGAAUGCAUGAAGAACCACGCCUUGAGCAUAGGCGGGCAUGCCGUAGAUGGUUGCUGUGAGUUCCUGGCCGCUGGCGACGAAGGAACCCUCGACGCCCUUAAAUGCGCCGCCUGUAACUGCCAUCGCAAUUUCCAUCGUAAGGAGACGAACGGCUCAUCAGAAGCGGUGUUGUACCACCACCAUCACCAAAUCUCCCCCUACUAUCGGUCGGCACCGCCACCUCCACAGACGGGGUACCACCUCCGCUUAACGACUCCUUCUCAGUAUCACAGGCACCCGUUGGCGUUGCCAUCAGCUUCUGGUGGCGGUGGGGGUGGUCACAGCAGGGAAGGAGAGGACAUGUCAAACCCUAGUAGCAGUGGCGGUGGCGAUGGGAGUUCUGAGUCGAAGAAGAGGUUUAGGACCAAGUUUACCCAAGAGCAGAAGGAGAAGAUGCUCGCGUUUGCGGAGAGCCUGGGGUGGAGGAUUCAGAAGCACGAUGAAGCAGCGGUUGAACAGUUUUGCGCCGACACCGGCGUCAAACGGAAUGUCCUAAAGGUAUGGAUGCACAACAAUAAGCACACUCUGGGAAAGAAACCCUAAUUUUCAAGAAUAUUGGUUCCGCGUUCAUGAGAUUGUGGAAUUGAUAAUGGUAAUGUAAAUUCACUCGAGAUCUAAAUAGCUAGGGUUCUUUCUGAUCAUUAUUAAUUCCCAUUUUCGUUUUCAGUUGUUAGUUUAUAUAUACACAUAGUGUUUUGUUUUUUCUUA